UGCUUGCUAUGUAAAGCAUGUGUUGUAUGCACUGGCUGAGCACAGACACACCAGCCUGCACUGUGAGCUCUGAAACUCUGUGACAACUGUUGCUGCACAAUCACCUGAAAGGUCACCAUGUCUCAGAAAGGCACAGUGGUCCUGGCGUACAGCGGAGGUCUGGACACAUCCUGUAUUCUGGUGUGGCUGAAGGAACAAGGCUACGACAUCAUUGCUUAUCUGGCAAACAUUGGCCAGAAUGAAGAUUUUGAGGAAGCUCGGAAGAAGGCUUUGGCUCUGGGAGCAAAGAAGGUGUACAUAGAAGAUGUUCGUAAAGAGUUUGUAGAAGAGUUCAUCUGGCCAGCAGUUCAAGCCAAUGCCAUCUAUGAAGACCGUUACCUUCUGGGCACCGCACUGGCUCGUCCGUGUAUUGCCCGGAAACAGGUGGAAAUAGCCAAACGAGAAGGAGCCCAGUACGUUUCCCAUGGAGCAACUGGAAAGGGCAAUGAUCAGAUCCGCUUUGAGCUGACCUGCUAUUCUCUACAUCCAGGGAUCAAGAUUAUUGCUCCUUGGAGGAUGCCGGAAUUUUACAAUCGUUUCCGGGGACGUACUGACUUGAUGGACUACGCAAAGAAACAUGGCAUACCUGUACCUGUGACACCCAAGAGCCCCUGGAGUAUGGAUGAGAACCUCAUGCAUAUUAGCUUUGAAGGUGGUAUCUUGGAAAACCCAAAGAACCAUGCUCCAGAUGGUCUGUUUGUGAAAACUAAAGAUCCUGCGACUGCUCCCAACACCCCAGACAUUUUGGAAAUUGAGUUCAAGAAUGGUGUCCCCGUCCAAGUCACCAACGCUAAGGAUGGUACGCGACAUCAGAGUGCGCUGGAUCUAUUCUCUUAUCUCAACGAAGUGGCGGGAAAGCAUGGCGUUGGGCGUAUUGACAUUGUUGAGAACCGUUACAUCGGCAUGAAAUCACGUGGUAUCUACGAGACGCCGGCUGGAACCAUACUGUAUCAGGCUCACUUAGACAUUGAGACGUUUACCAUGGACCGAGAGGUGCGCAAAAUAAAACAGCAGCUGUCGCUGAGGUUUUCCGAACAAGUCUACAACGGGUUCUGGUACAGCCCCGAGUGUGAGUUUGUUCGCUCGUGCAUCACCAAAUCUCAGGAACUGGUGCAGGGGAAAGUGCAUUUGUCUGUCCUGAAGGGACAAGUUUAUGUACUGGGCAGAGAGUCGCCACAAUCGCUGUAUAAUGAGGAGCUGGUGAGCAUGGACAAGCAAGGAGAUUAUGAACCAUCUGAUGCAUCUGGAUUCAUCAAGAUCAAUGCUGUGAGGUUAAAAGAAUAUAACCGCUUACAGAAGAAGGUCACAGCGCCGACAAAAUGAAAACAGAGUGAGAAAAAAAAACACACACACACAAAGCGGAGAUGGAACAACUCCAUUCUGUAGCGUUUUAAUCCGCCAUUCCUGUCUCUACGCUUUCCUUAGCUCAUUGAUUAGUUUGUGUGAUCGUUACAGAUCUUUUGUGUGCUAAAUCACAGGUUAGCCAAGUCUGAUGGAAUGGCAAUUACAGGAAUUGGUAGAGUUUAAUGGGUUAAACUUGCUGUUAAUACAUAGAUAUUAAAGAAAAUCAUUCAAGUAGAACAAAUAAAAGAGUGAAUUUUAUCAUUGA